AUGAAGUACACAAUCUUCGUCGGCGCCGUCACGGCCUUCGCCGCAGCGCAAACCAUUACCGACUUGCCACCGUGCUCCCUUGAGUGCCUUGCUGGUGCCAUUGGCGGCCUAGGCUGCGGCCUCACUGACUUUGCAUGCUCGUGCCAGAAGGCCUCGCAGCUCACACCCGUCGUCACGCCCUGCGUGCAGAACGCUUGUACUGACCCUGCCGACCAAUCCAAGAUCAUUGAGGUCCUCUCCAAGAUUUGCGCAGCUGCUGGCUUCCCCAUCGAAGCCCCGGCGGCACCGGCGUCUUCACCUGUGGUCGAGCCUACACCUGCAGCUCCAUCCGAGGCCCCGAUCGAGACACAGCCUUCAGCGACCGAAGAGCCAGGAUACCCCGAGUACCCGACUGCAAGUGAGGUUUCGUCAGAGUACCCCGAACCUACUCACAUCACCGACGACGUACCCAACCUCCCUACUUCCUACGCUGAUCUCGUUUCUCUCCCCUCUGUCAUCGACACCAUCAUUGUGUCACGCCCUUCCUCCAAGCCAACUUCUGUUCCUGGCGUGCUUCCGCCUUAUCCUACCGGUACUCCUGUGCCAGCUCCCUCCGGUACUGGCUCGUCAUCCACUACCUCUUCUCAAUUGCCGGAAUUCACUGGCGGAGUGAGGUUGGUUAAGGCCCCCAUUGUGGCUGCAGGAAUCUUUGGAUUGGCUGCUUUUGUUGUGUAA